UUUAUUGAGUACAAACGUGCAUUUACGUGUAAAAGUUUUGAAUGGGUUGCUGAAGCGCGUGCGUGUGAGGAGUCGUGCGCGACCCCGCGAGCCUGCUACGUGGCUGCAUGAGAACUUCCUGAGGACUGAGUAAUUAUGAAAACUGCAAUAACCAGUAAAGUACAUUUAACCCUCCUUAACGGUGUGAACUGCAGCUCUUUAUAGCUUUUAUAAGCAGUGAACUUCGAGCUUUUUCUUAAGACGUGAAAGAAAAGUUGGAAAAAUGCCGAGCGACGGAGUAAAGCAGAGAAAAGGAAAAAUAGCGACAUCUAAUAACGGAGAAACUACAGAGACACCGAAACCGUGUGGAGGAGAUGGAGAAAAGAAAGAUGGAGAUGUAUGGGGGAAAACUAAUCCGCGUUCUUUAGUAGAUAUCCGGACUGUAGUGAGUUUGGUGUCUCUGAGCGCCUGCUUUCUUCUCGCCUGGGCCGUUCUUCAGCAGAAUGCGAGGUUUGAUGAAGUUGAGGAAAAAUACAGGCAUUUGUAUGAAAAGGCAUCUGAUCUGCUAGCACUGGAGAACAAAUUCAGUGCGGCUUCCAAAAAGCUGGAGGCCUCCGAAGACCAUCUGAAGGGGGCGCUCUCCUCACUCACCAUGCUAACUGCGCUGCAACAGGAAACCAGCUUCCUCAAUAGCAUUGUUACAGCGAUGCAAGAGGACCAACAUGCAUCAUCGCAUCGCCUCAAACGUGUAAAUGAGCGCUUCUUGAAUGUGACUGAGACUUGGCAGGGUGGACUAAACACCGUGACGGAGGACCUGACGAUGCUGAGAUCUGAGUCUCGGUCAGUUCACGGUCGUGUAACGGAGCGUGUUAACGAAGCUGAGGAGAGCCUACGUGCUCUAGCCAAACGCCUGGAGGAGUUAGAGGACAGCACAAAGAGAAACGGACGAGCGCUGGAGCGCACAGAGGAGGACGAUGCUAAGAGCGUCCAAAGUCAGCUGGACUGGAACACGAAGCAGGUGAGCAGGCUUCAGGAGCAGUUUGGGUUGCUGUCUAAAAGAGAUGUGGAGUUUGAGGAGAAGCUGGUUGAGAUGGAGCCACAGGCCAAAGAAUGUGAGACACAUCUUCCUGCUGUAGAAGAUGCGGUUAGGUCCAUCCUGAGGUUAGGAGCUGACCUAAGUGGGGCCGAGAGGAGGCUUGAGGAACUCACGCUGCAAGUGGUGGGCACCGAAGACAGUAUGCUCAAGACACUGACUGACAUUCUGGCACUCAAGCAGACCCUCAAUGAUCUGCAGGUGGACAAUAGUGUGAUGAAGGUGAGGAAUGAGCUCAGUGUUGUCCUGGAUACCAUGAAGGAGCUUAAGCAUAUACAUAAUGAAGAAGUCAUGGAUUCUGGAAGAGAGGAGCCCAAACAUGAAGAAGGGAAGCAAUUAAAUCUACAAAGUUUUAAGGGGAACCAGUUUGUAGAAUCAACAGAAGUUCCCAGUAGUACUGCAGGAGAUGAGGAGAUCCCUUUAACUGAAUUAAACAAACUGUACUGAUUUUGUUUAAGACAAACUAUAAAUCAGAAAAAUACAUUUUUUUAUAUGCUUGUUAAUGUACAUGCCCUUGGUAUCAAUCUCUUCAGAGAUAUAAUUAUUGUUUUGUAUGCAAAUAAAGACAAAUGUAUUUGAAAUUGAAAUUGUCCAUAAAAACGCUCAUCACUAAACAUAAUAUUGUUCAAUGUACUGAAUGUUAUGUCAUGUUUCACCUUUCCAUUAAAACAUCCACAGCCAUCAUGAAGUGAAAAGUCAUUGCCAUAAUGCUCGUUGAGUGUUCACUUUGCACUUGAUUUCCAUUUUGUUAAUUACUUUCACAUAACUACUAGGAGCUCCACAAGUUAUUAUAUUAUAUAUCAUAGUAUUCAUUCGAGGUGGAAUACAAAUGAGAACAACCAAUACUUCGAGUUGAUGAUGGAUGAGAGAUACAAAUCCCCAAGAAAACAUUUAAAACCUGAAAUGUGUGAGAGUUUUUUGCAAAUGUAUUAAUCAAAACAUUUAUAGACUUUGAAAGAAAUUUUAUAGUAAUUAUAAGCCGGUUUUUAGGUACACCUGCAAUACAAGUGCACUGAGUGUAAUCUAUAUGUUUGGAUAAUAUUCCAUAUUUAUUGCUUGUCUGGCGGAUUAUUCACUGUGGUGGUCUAAUAGUUAGUCAUUGACAUUGAUUGAGUAACACAAGAUGAUGGACCAAUAUUUUGUAAAUGAUUCACUUUGAUAUGUUUCCUGUUCCAGGGAUUCAUGUUGAUCAGUUGUAAUGUACAAUGCAUAGAAAUGAUUUCCCAUUUGAAUAAAAACAAUUAUAAAGUUUAA